AUGACGAAGAUAGAGUAAAUUAAUUAAUUAAUAAUUAGAAGGUAAUGUCCAAUGAUCUGGUUGAGCUUAAGAGACUGGUAUCUUAUCUAAAUGAGAAUUAUUCUGCUACGAUGGAUUUCGUAGUAUUCAAGAGACUGGAAUUCUAAUGAAUUGCUUUGA